GUGCAGAGGAGGAUGGCGGAAUAGUCCUGGAGGCCCCGGGAGCCGAUGUCCUGGAUUGCAACCGGCUCGGGGGGAUUUAUGCAAGUAUUCUCGUGUCUCACCAGCUACGCAAGUGCCGUUUAGUGUAACACCGCUCGGACCUGCCAUGUCGGCGCCCAGACGAGGCGGCGCGGCGGGGAGGCAGCUGCUGCGUCUGGUGCUGCUGCAGGCGGCCUGGGCGGCGGGGAGCGGCCCGCUGCAGUACUCGGUGCCGGAGGAGGCCAAGGCCGGCACGCUGGUGGGCCGCCUGGCCCAGGACCUGGGGCUGGAGGCCGGGGAGCUGGCGGCGCGGAGGCUGCGGCUGGUGUGGAAGGGCGGGCGCGACUCGCUGGAGGUGAAGGCGGAGAGCGGGGCGCUGGUGGUGCAGUCGCGGCUGGACCGGGAGGAGCUGUGCGGCCAGAGCGCGCGCUGCGCCCUGCACCUGGAGGUGCUGGUGGACAAGCCGCUGCGGGUGUUUCACGUGGAGGUGGAGAUUCAGGACAUCAACGACAACGCGCCCGUGUUCCCCCGGACAGAGAAAAGCCUCAGUAUUGCAGAAUCCAGGCUGCCGGGCUCCCGCUUCCAACUAGAGGGUGCGUCUGAUGCGGAUAUCGGCACGAACUCUCUGCUCAGCUACAAACUCAGCCCCAGCGAAUAUUUCUCUCUCGAUUUACAAACUAGAGAUAAGCAGAGUAAAGCGUUAGUGCUUGUGUUAACUAAACCUCUGGACCGCGAGGAGACUCCCAACCACCAUUUGCUGCUGACGGCGACUGACGGGGGCAAACCGGAGCUGACCGGCACGGUUGAGCUGGUGAUCACGGUGCUGGACGUGAACGACAACGCGCCCGUGUUCAGCCAGGAAGUUUAUCAUGUCCAGUUGAUUGAAAAUGUUCCGAAUGGGACCCUGGUGCUGCAGGUGAACGCGACAGACCUGGACGAGGGAACUAACAAGGACAUCAUAUACUCACUGAGCAGCGCUACUCAAGUCAGGUCCGGGGCCCUGUUCAGAAUAGAUUCGAAUAAGGGAGAGAUCCGGGUAUAUGGGGACGUGGAUUUCGAGGACACGAAUCUGUAUGAAAUUCACGUCCAGGCCGCGGAUCAGGGUCAAGCUCCCCUGUCCGGACACUGCCGCGUUGUGGUGGCGCUUGUGGACGUGAACGACAACGCGCCGGAGCUGUGGGUGACGCCGCUGUCGGUGCCGGUGGCGGAGGACGCGGCGCCGGGCACGGUGGUGGCGCUGAUCCGCGCGCGGGACCGGGACUCGGGCGCCAACGGGGCCGUGACGCUGUGGCUGCGGCCCGAGGCGCCGUUCCGGCUGGUGUCGAGCUUCCGCGACUCCUACUCGCUGGUGCUGGCCGAGGCGCUGGACCGGGAGCGCGUGGCGGCCUACGAGGUGGAGGUGCGGGCCCGCGACGCGGGGGCGCCGGCGCUGGGGGCCAGCAGCCGCCUGGCCGUGCCGGUGGCGGACGUGAACGACAACGCGCCCGCCUUCGCGCAGGCCGUGUACACGGCGUUCGUGCGGGAGAACAACGCGCCGGGCGCGGCGGUGCUGACGGUGCGGGCGCGGGACGCGGACGCGGGCGAGAACGGCGCCGUGAGCUACUCGGUGGCGGGGGGCGGCGCGCAGGGCAGGCCGGCGUCCAGCCUGGUGGCGGUGGAGGCGGCGAGCGGGCGCGUGCGGGCGCUGCAGCCGCUGGACUACGAGGAGGUGCAGGUGGUGGAGUUCGAGGUGCGGGCGCAGGACGCGGGCUCGCCGGCCUUGUGGGGCCGCGCCACGGUGCAGCUCUUCGUGCUGGACGCCAACGACAACGCGCCGGCCGUGUGGGCGCCGGCGGCGGGCGCGGCGCCCCUGCUGGUGCCGCAGUCGGCGGGCGCGGGGCAGGUGGUGGCCAAGGUGCGCGCCGUGGACGCGGACUCGGGCUACAACGCGUGGCUGCGCUACGAGCUGCAGGAGCCGCGCGGCGCCGGGCCCUUCCGCGUGGGGCUGUACAGCGGCGAGGUGCGCACGGCGCGGCCCCUGGACGAGGCGGACGGGCCGCGCCACAGCCUGGUGGUGCUGGUGCGCGACCACGGCGAGCCGGCGCUCUGCGCCACGGCCACGCUCAGCGUGUCGCUGGUGGACAGCGCGCAGGCCUCGGCCGCGGCGGCGGGGGCGGCCCGAGCGGCGGCGGCGGCCGGAGCGGCGGCGGCGGCGGCGGCCGGGCCCGACGGGCCGCUGUCGGAGCUGAACGCCUACUUGAUCCUGGCCAUCUGCGCCGUGUGCGGCCUCUUGGUGCUGGCGCUGGGGCUGGCGGCGGCGCUGCGGUGGCGGCCGCGGGCGGCGGUGCUGUGCGGCCCGGGCCAGGCGGCGCUGGUGUGCGCCAGCGAGGUGGGCAGCUGGUCGUACUCGCAGCGCCACAGCCGCCAGCUGGGAGGCGGCGAGGCGGCGGGCAAGGCCGACCUCAUGGUGUUCAGCCCCGGCUGCCCGCCCGCCGCCGCCGCCGGCAGUGCGGACAAGAAGACGGGAGGCGGCGGCGCCGGCCCGGAUGGAAGCGCAAUGGUGAGAUGUCUUUAUUCGCCUCUUUCCUUGCACGGCUCCCAGAUUGCUUCCCCUCUCCCGGAGCGCGCCUCAGGCGGAGCGGCUUCUCCCGCGUUUCGCUCCAUGGUUGCAUUGAUCAUUUGCUUGAGAUUUCCGUUGUAUGUUUGCAGAUUAAUGCUCCAACGCAAAACCCUACAGAGUAAAAUUUACCAUGUGGCCUUUCCUUAGAAGAUCUUUUGACCCCCGUUGUCCUUAAAUGUUUCUUGGAAGGAAGGCGUUCCAAUUUUCAGCCUGGAUCAGAGGCCCCAUUCUUGUGUUUUGUUAAUUCAUUGGUUGAUUGAUUGAUUGAUUGAUUGAUUGAUUGAUUGUUGCCCGAGAGCGGCCACGUGGUGUUCCUUAGAAAGAGGCGAUCACUCUUUGUACUUCGAGCAGAGUAAUAAUUAUUCUUGCGGGUUCAUUUUCUCUGAUGAGGACCCAUAAGAUACACAUUGAAGAAAGUUACUUGGAUUUAUGAAAUGGAUUAUCGGAACUUCCUUUUUUUUUACAAUGAAAAAUUCACUCUUAACUCCUUAUUAUUAGAUGUCACUUGUUCCAAACCAGUAGGUUGUGUACUAGUGACUUGCAUAUUAUUUUCUCAUGUGCAAUGGUUCUAAUACAAAUCAUCAGAUACACGGUCUCGUCCUUUUUUUUGUUUCCCAGAAAGUGUAUUCCUCCUUAACAUCCAAGAGCAGAGCAGAGCAGAGCAGAGCAGAGUAAUUAUUCUUGUGGGUUCAUUUUCUCUGAUGAGGACCCAUAAUAUAUACUUCGAAGAAAGUUACUUGCAUUGAUGUAAUGGAUUACUUGAAUUCAAUUUUUACCACGAAAAAUUCAGUGUUGACGCCUUAUAAUUAGCCGCCACAUAUUCUGAUUGUCAACUACUAGGUUGUGUACUACUUACUUGUAUUUUAUUUUAACUAGUGUAGUGGUUCUAAGGGAAAUAAUCAGAUAUACGUCUCAUCCUUUUUUUCUGUUUCUCAGAAAGUCUAUUCCUCCUUCACAUCCGGUAGUAGUGAGUUGCAGAGGUAGCUUGUGUGUGGUUUAAGCCUCAAUUUUUCUUCCUCGAUUUUAAUGAAUGUCGCCUCUCUCCCAUGUGAAAGGAAAUGGCAAUUCUGAAGACUUCUCUGCCUUCUGUGUGAAUUAUGCAGGUGCCUUCAUCCUGUUGUAAGGAGUGACCUAGAAACCACUACUCAGAAACGAAGCAGAAGAGAAUGUCAUGUGACGAAUGCCCAUCUGCGAUAAGUAGGAGACAGUCCUAGAUAAAGGGGGCUUGAAAACAAAAGCAAGAAGCAAAAUACUGGGUUAAAGGGCUCAUUAAAAUACUAAAAAUCACGCCCCUAGGUGGGGAAAAAGUAUGCUAAUGAAACAUACAUGUAUGUAAAUGAGAUACAUGGCUAAAACACAGGUAUAGAGACAUGCUCAGUAAAGAACUCCUUGCGUCACUCCUUUAUAACCAAUCAGCAAACAAGGAUGCUUAUGAAGGCUCAAAAACUCCUGUAUAAAAGAUGCUUAGAAAUAGUAAUCUGGUGUGCUUGUUACGUGAAAUUAUUCCGCUCGCACCUUUUAUUGCUAGCAAUAAACCUUCUUUGUACUUUCACCCCUGGUAUCUUUAUUGGCCUUUGCAAACCAGGCACGAUCCCAGACUUGAGCUGGGGCUCAACACUGUGUCCUUUCCCUUAUUUCCUCCCUGAGCAGCCUUACUCAUUUCAGUAUUUGUUCCUGUGGAACUCUUUUCAUGAAAAUGUAUUUCUUCCCCUGGGUUAUUGAAGCCCUUUAUUUAACUGAAUUUUCUCAUGGAAAUUUGAACCGAAAUAUUGUUAAUUGAAAUCCUGCUUUCAGUGGUUAUUCUUAUGUUUUAGGUAUGCUAUGGCUGAGA